GCACCCGUGCAGCCUGACACCGGUGUUGGAACGGCCGCCAUGGUGGAUACUCUGGUUGCGAUGGGCUUUCCUCCAUGCUUGGCAAAGCAAGCGCUCCUUCUGUGUCAGAACAACGUGGAAAGGGCUGCCGACAUGUUGCUGAUGAACCCGCCGCCCCUCCCCGACGCCUCCAGUUCCGCUGGUUCCGCGUCCAGCCGCGACCUGGAUGAACAGGUGGCACAGUUGGUGGGGAUGGGCUUCGAGACAAUGAGCGCUAGAGGAGCCCUGGAGAUUCACGGCUCCUUGGAAGCCGCAGCCAACGCAUUAUUGGAGGACCAGCAUGGCCCACCAGCCGCGCCAGCCACGCCACCUCCGCGCGUGCCAGCCGCGCCACCGCGGCCGGUGGAGCCCCCAACCUCGCCGCGGCCGUCGCCGCUGCGACGUGCGGCGGAGCCCCCGGCCUCGCCGCGGCUGGCGAAGCGUGCGCGAGGGGCAGCGGUGUCGCCACCAAUGGAGCACAGCGAGGCGGAGCCGAGCGAUCCGAGCGAUCCGAGCGAUCCGAGCGAUCCGAGUAUGGAGGCCUUGACCAAAGGAUUGACUUUUGGUGCCCGGGCCUUUGAGGGUGCGCAGCUUCGACGCAACUUGGAGCGUUGUCGGCCGCAGAAUGUCCACAUGAAAGACGUGCCGGGGAUUGUGUUGGCCUCAUAUCCAGAAGCGGCAAAGAUGCGCGGAGAACGCGGCAAACAGAAACUCUACUACUUGGGGGUCCCUAAAGGCGAAGAAGGUUCCUUUUUUCCAAAGGUGUCUAUUUUGUUGCCCGAUUUUGAUAGUUAG